AUCCGGGUUGUUGCAGGAUCUCACGGGCUUUAAACUGCGGCGCCGCGGCGCGCGGGUGCGGAUCUCCAGAUGGGAGCUGGGGAUGGGCUGGUUGCCCGGCGGGUGGCACGUUGCCGCCUCGGGCCCCGGAGACCUUCACCCCGCCGCCUACCCAGGCGGGCCGGCCCUGCCCGUCCACCGGCGGCCGAGAGUCCCCGGCCUUGGGCCCCAGGGGCCGCUGACUGGCCUCGGUCACCUCUCGGGGAAGACUCCCGCGUCUCCAUCUGCCCCAGGAAGGGACCCGCUUCUCGCCCGCGAGGCUUCUCCAGGUGGGAUCGCCCUGGCCCCCGGCCCUAAGGGACCCGCCCCCUCCGAGCAUCCGCCGCCCCUCGGAGACCACUCCAGCUCAGAGGGACCCACUUCAGCCACCGCUGCACGCGGGAGCGCUCAUCCUUCCCACCUGCUCCUUCCCUCCUCCUUCUCCUGUGGGACCACCAGAGACCCCAGCUCCCCGCUCCCCAAGUGUGGGGCCUCCGACGCGAACGCCUCUGCUCGCAAGGCGGUGAGCGCAGAUCCCACGGGGCCCUCGGUCGGGGGUCAAGGCUGCCUCCGUUUCCAUCCCGGACCCGACAACGGGCCGGAAAAAGACUUUGCACGACUGCGCGGCGGAGUUCACCGACCUGGUGGUGUAGCAGCCCCUGACUGAGCACAGUGACUCUGGGGACACGUCUGUGGUGGAGACCCUUUCCUGCACGGCCUGCGAGCUGCAUAUGCGCGUGCCCAGGGACCGCAUCCCGGAGCACCUGUCCUCGGGCAGGCACUACAGGAACCGCAGACUCAUCCGCAGCACGGCCUGCGGACGCCCAUUCUCGUGUAAGUGUCAGUGCCAACGCUAGUAUUUCAGGAGACAUCCCAGCGGGCUGCCGGCUAUUUUAGGAUUCUCUGCCCUGCAAAAGUUUCCGAAGUAUGUGGACAGGCCGCCUGAUGACACUACGUUUACGGAUCUGCUAGUGGCUUGCCCACUUGGGGAGUAACCCUGUGAAGUCUUGCAGUUUGAUUAAAGUGUGCGUGGCCACCCGAAUGCUGCCUUAUCACAAGCCAGAUACAUACUGGUCUGCAGGGUGACUCCCCGCUUUUGAUCCUCUGAGAUGAUUGUGGACUGGGUGCUGUGAGUCCUACCACUUUGUUUAAAUGAAUGUGUCUUUUGUCCAGCUCGGCCGCCUCGGAUCUCACUGCCACCGGCCUUCACGCACACCCUCACCACCAGCCUUUGCCCCGUCAGCCUCAGCCCCAGCUCAUUCUCUCAGGCAGUCCCAGCAUUGGCAUGGUACCUCCUCCCGCCGUGGGCCGCACGUCUCUGCUCCCUGUCAACCCUACUGCCAUCAGCAUCACCACAAGCGACUUGUCUGCCCAGGAGGAUGCAACACCAUCUGCCUCCACCCGCCACCUUUCAGUGUCUUCUGCUUUCCAAGUAAAGACACCAGCAGUGCCCUCAGAGCGGACCAGCCAGAGAUUUUCCGAAGCCUCCCAUAGGGUGCUCCGUGGAGGAGGCCUGAGAUGCUGUCAUGACUUUGGAGCCAGGGUGGCCGACCACCUUGGCCUGGCCAUCUUUGGGGUGGGCUUUGGGAGCCCAGCACUGCUGCCGGGUGUGGUGGAUGAGAACGGCGGCUGCUGCUGCUUGCUGUACGUGAUGGAGGACCAGCUGUGUGGCGUGGAGCGAGCCUUCAGAGCUGAGCUUGGCCAACACCAGAGUGGUUCGGAAACAGGAUGCGGACAUUGUCCUCAACGACCAGCGAUAUGGCUGCCUUAAAAGAUGCAGAGACUGUUAUGAUCAGCAUGAAGUUUCCCUGUGGGGCUAUGGUCAGCGUGGACGUCAGCCAGCACCGUACAGACAGCUGUGACCAGGGAUUGGAGGUGACCCCCUGCCCUUUUCCACCCCUCGCCAGUCCACUGUGAAAAGCUGGGUUCGUUCUAUGGGUUAGAUAGAGGUCGUCAGCCGGGUUGAUUGUGCGGGUUAGAGAGAAGUUGUCACCCGGCCACCCUCAGCUGGGUUGAUUGUGCGGGUUAGAGAGAAGUUGUCACCCGGCCACCCUCAGCUGGGUUGAUUGUGCGGGUUAGAGAGAGGUUGUCACCCGGCCACCCUCAGCUGGGUUGAUUGUGCGGGUUAGAGAGAGGUCGUCACCUGGCCACCCUCAGCUGGGUUGAUUGUGCGGGUUAGAUAGGGGUUGUCACCCGGCCACCCUCAGCUGGGUUGAUUGUGCGGGUUAGAGAGAGGUCAUCACCCGGCCACCUUCAGCUGGGUUGAUUGUGCGGGUUAGAUAGGGGUCAUCACCCGGCCACCCUCAGCUGGGUUGAUUGUGCGGGUUAGAGAGAGGUCAUCAGCCGGGUUGAUCCUGCUGGUUAAAUAGAGGUCAUCACCUGGCCAUCCCCAGUUGGAGCACAUGCAGCACACCUUGUGCACAGUCAGUGCUCAGUAAAUAUUCGUUUUAGUUUUCUGGUGAGAGCCACAUCUUCAGGUUUUGAAGAGAGUUCGUUCUCUGGCUUCUGGGCCUCCAGGAGCUGUUUUGUGACAGUGGCUUUCCUUUACAUUGGCUGUUGCUCUACAGAAGCCUGUGCUUCCUUGGCCGUUACAUGGAAAGCCGGUGUUGGUCACGGUGUGCCAUGGGAAGUGAUAAUGACGGUCCUGGAAGGCCUGCGUCAUGUGUCACCUGCCCGCCCCACCCCCACCAGCAAAAGCCCUGGUGGUGUUCAGUCAUCCCCUUCCCCUCCCCACUUCCCGUGCUCGGCCUGGUUAACUCCUGUCUUGCCAUGGCUCCCAGGUGCGUGGGUCCCAAGGCACACUGCAGAUGGAGAAUCAGAAUCCCUUGGGCAUCACCGGGCGGGGCACGUCCCUGUCCCUCGGCUCCCAGACCCAGGCUAGCCGCUACCAGGACUCGUAUCGAGAGCUCUUCAGCUACUUUGUCAGAACCCUUAAAGGUGGGUGACGUUCUCAGGAGGAACCUGGGAUGUUCCGAUGCUCAACGGGUAGAUGCCUUCCAGGCUGCAGUCAGUGCAGAUGAUAUGCCAAUUUCAGGUGGAAAAUUGCAUUCCAGAUGCUGGGUUCAGAUUUGAAAUUGUCCAUCUCAGUGAUCAUUUGCGUUGCUUGUACUUGAGGAAGAUUCUGAGAGAUGCUCCUUUGGGGUUCCGUGCAUGUACCAUGUUGCCUGACAUGUCCUAAGAAAUCUUCUAGAACUCCGAGGUUUAUAAAAUGAUGACUACUUCUGAACUCCUGAGAUCUAGUGGAUACCACGUGUCCUGGAGAUAGGACGCCUUCUACCCUCUGUCAGUCAUGGGGGUGACUGGGAACCAGGGAGGUGGAACAGAAUUCCGGGACCUGGGUUGGGCUUGUCCAAGAGGGGCAGGUGGGUCUCUCUAGGACCAGUGUCCCACCCCGAGCCAGUGGCCCCUUCACAUGUCCCAACAAGAAUACUGUCUGGCUCUGAUGUGUUGGGUUUUAUCCUGAAUCUGUGCAAAUGUGCAGGGAAAGAACCUCCUGAAAUCACCAAAGAGCAGUUCCUCAGGGCCUUCCGGGUGGCUGCGGCCACGGAGCAGUCGUGGUGGAGCCGGUCAGCUGUGGCCCUGCCCUGCGAAUCGGCAGAGGCCUCCGUGGUGAAGACAGAAGCUCCGUGAACCAACCCGAGGCUGGAGCCAAGAUCCUGCCCAAUAUCCAGUUGCCUGUUUCUCUUCUCACUGUUACUGAGAGAGGGAGACAGAACCUUUUGGCGAUCUUGUCCUCACUGGAGACUCAGAACAGGAAGCAUUGGGAAACCAUGUGUGUUUCAUUUCUGGUGCGACCAGGCUUUCCAGGAUGUGACUUCAGACUGAGGACACAAGUUGGGCUUGCUUAGCUGUUUUGUGUUGCGCGCCGGCCGCAGAGAUGCUCUUCCCGUCAGAGUUCCCUUGGCAGGGCCUCGGAGGCCUCUGGUUGACUGUCUCAGGAAGAGGGCAGGUCAGGGAUUGGAUAGUGUAAAUUGACCCAGAAACCUGCGGUUUCAGCUUUUCUGUGGCAAACAGGGCCGAGGGCUGGUGAAGCUGUUAAGACUAAAUGUGGCAUGCAUGAGGCAGACUGCAGGCCUCCUUAGGCCUUUUUUGGGGUAAUUACAUCAGUAUUUAAAAACAUUUUUUUUUGUUUGUUUUGAGACGGAGUCUCGCCCUGUCACCCAGGCUGGAGUGCAGUGGUGCAAUCUCGGCUCACUGCAACCUCUGCCUCCCGGGUUCAAGUGAUUCAUCUGCCUCAGCCUUCUGAGUAGCUGGGAUUACAGGCAUGCGCCACCACACCCGGCUAAUUUUUGUGUUUUUAGUAGAGACAGGGUUUCACCAUGUUGGCCAGGCUGGUCUCGAACUACUGACCUCAUGAUCCACCUGCCACGGCCUCCCAAAGUGCUGGGAUUACAGGCGUGAGCCGCCGUGCUCGGCCUAAAAAACAAUUUUCUUGAAGAAUCUGAUUUUGUGCAUAGUAAUGACACAGCACCAUUCCAGAGAAAUAGGAAAUAUAUGUGUGUGGUAUGAGAAGCCCAUAUUCUGUUCUUGUCGCCUGAAUCUAGGCUUCCUCUCUGGAUGUGAGCGCAGGAGUGAACGGCGGCUGUUUUCCCCCCAAAGGGGUGUGGAGACCUUUUGGAAACAGGCCUUCUCCUUUCCGUUUUGCAGCCAGGUGGUGUAGGUACCUUCGAAGCCAGGUACCUUCGAAGGGUAGUGCCUUGGGGAGCAGCAGACCUGCUCCGAGUCCAGCUUAGCUUUCCAAAAUUCUGUGUGGAACCUACUGGAAAUGUUUUUAUAUAUUUGAAAAUCAUGGUGUGUAUUUCUCAUGCUAUAGUUAAAAAAAAAUAACCUUUUAAACAAAGAUAUUCAAACUCA